UUAGUAGUAGUAUCCCUCUUUUUCUUCUUUUAUUUGUUCGUGUUAUUCUGAACCCUAAAUUUAAAUUCUCUCGAGUUUUACGCUUCUUUGACUCAAUUUGACUAUGCUUAUUCUUAGCUGUGUUUUAUUUUUCAGUUUUUAUUUCUGAAUUAUGCGCUUAUUGUUGCUGUGGAUUUGUUUAUGUGAAUUUUGCUUCUAUUUUGGGUUGACGAAUUAGAGAUGAAAUUCAAGUAUUUCAGGAAAUUUUAGGAAUUUUAGGAAUUUAGGGGAUGUGUCUGUGGAUUGUUAGUGUUUGUGAAUUUUGGAUAGCCUUUAUGCCUAUUUUCCCCCCUUUCCCUUAUGUAAGGAGUGGGAAGCUUGAAAUUGUGGUUCCGGUUUGGGCGAGGCGGUUAUCGAUUUGCAUAGUUUUUUGGUUGGGGGAAAUGUAGGUGAGGGGAGGGAAGAGAUUAGUUUAAACCUCAAAGAUAGAGCUUAAAAUGCCUCUCAUUCAUCCAUUUGGCAUGCUCUUAAAUCUUAUAUUCUCGUCAAACAACUUUGUUGAUCUUAGUGAUCUUCUGUGGGAUCCCCCUAUCAUCCUACUGAAGUCCGAUCUUAUGUGGCUUGUAGCUUGUUGGUCCAGGUGAGUGGGUAGAAACAUGGUUCUGGAUAAAACAUUAUGACGGAAGUUGAUCCAUGUAGCCGACCUACUUAGUAGGCUAAGGCUUGGUUGUUGUUGUAUCCUAUUCCUAUUUUAGUUGUGAUCAUAUACAAUGAGAAUAGUGAUGAUUGUUUGAGAUUAACAAUAUGUGGUAACAAGGAUUAUAUGAAAAAAUUGUUCUUAGAUUACUCCUAAAUUGCUUGAUAGUUUUUGAAGUACCAUCAUACAGAUGUUGCGUUUGCAUAAUGAUAGGUAGAGAUAGAAGAAAAUGAUUGAGAUAUAAGCUCGGCUUCGAAGAAGCUUAAUAUUUCUCCAGGGGAUAGAUGUAAUAGUGUUGUUUCAAGUUUUCUUAGACUAGCCAUUUUAUCCUUUCAUAUCUUAAAAGCCUAUUUUUGUUUCAUUCAGAAGUUUGAGAACGACAGAUAGUGAUAAAACACCUUUGUGUAUAGUUAGAAUAUCGAAAAGUACCGUAGUUUUUUACAACUAUUUUUGAACAAGUAGAAAUCCAUUUGACUACUAAAAGUACUUAAACGUCUUUUUAUAAGAGUUUUCUUGUAACUAUAUUCUGACAGCUCAAUGCCCACUAACCAUAGAGGCUAAGGGGGUAACUAAAGCCUGAAUUUAAUGCAGAGCCUGCCUUUAAUUUAUUGCUUUUAGUUGGCAUAGAUGAAAAAAUAAAAUUUACAACAGUAUUUAAACAAUAAGCGUGUUACGGUGCAAGAAGUAGUUUGUUUUCCCCCUGUUUAUCACUUUUACGACAAUUGGUUGACGUGCGAGUUGAAUUUGCUGAUCGAUCGAUGGCCUUUCGCUGCGACAAGCAUCUGAAAAUAACAGAUGGUAGAUCCCCAGACCAGGAAUCAAUCGGGUCUGGGGCAAAGAGGUCCAGUGUGUCAUCUGGUAGUAGGUCUAGAAAUCAGAAGGAGUUCUUCUAUAAAUUCGUUGAAAGUGACUGUCUGAAUGAAAAACUUGUAGAUUGGUUUGAAUCUGUAACAGAAAAAUAUACAUUGAAACAGCAAGCAUUUGAUGUUCCAUUUGAGUUGAUUGAACUUCAAAAAUUUGAUUACGCACUAGAGGGGAUUCCAUUUCAGCAGCUGACACGCAUGCCUAAUGCUGUUCAUGCUUCUACAUCUGAAGCUGUAGAAGCAACAUCGUGUCUUGCGAUUGAAGAUUUCCUACAUGCUAGUAUGAAGGGCUUGUGGGAGGCAUUUUGGAGUCAAGACGAGCCUAUGCCUUUUUCUGCGGCUUGUCUGUAUAAUGCAAACAUGAAAUUUUAUCAGGCUGAAAAUGCUAUUGCUAACGGAAGACUUGGAGGACUUUGUGGCACUGGUAUAUUGCUUAAUAAUUCUAGACAUCCUCAUGGGAAAUGGGAUCAUCUCCUUGAAUUAACACUUCUAAGAACAGAUAUCAGAGGUCUAGCUGUUGGCAGCGACUGGCAGCCUUCUCUGCCGGUCCUAGGAGAAGCUCUAUUUUAUGCUAUUCGAAUGCUGUUGGCAAGGAGUUUGAGUAGACUGAGUUUCUUUCCGGAUCCAAGCACAGCGUUUGUUCUUCUAGUUGAUUCUCAAUACGGGGGAGUUGUAAAGGUUGAAGGAGAUGUAAGUAAGCUCAAUUUUGAUGUGAAUAAUGUUUAUGAAUGUGCUGCCGAAUGGGUAAAAAAUCAUUCUAGAAUUUCUGUUUCUCCAAUUUAUAGAAUCUGGAACAAGCUAGGAAAUGCAAACUGGGGAGAUAUCGGUGCUCUACAGGUUUUAUUUGCAACCUUUCACUGUAUAAUGCAAUAUGCUGGAAUGCCCAAGUACUCUAUUGAGGAUUUAGCUGCCGAUCAUAGUUCACGUCUCCAAACGAGAAGAAUUGAGAGGCAGUUAGGAGAUACCACCAGAGUGAAUGGAAAUGGCCUAUUUCGUUACCAGCAGCGUAGUGUUUCCCCUGAGAUUGUCGAAGUUCAGGAUGAUUAUGUCAAUGUUGAUUCCAAAGAGUUGAUGAAAUUAGAAGAAGGAUCUUUGUUAUGGCUGGAGGAUUCAGAUGGGCAAAAGGGUUAUCAGAUACAAGAAGUAAUGAAUACUGGUGAAUUGACAUACUACAUUGCAUCUUAUGUUGAAGAUCCAGGAAUAGAUCUGUUUCUGUAUGUGGGAUCUCAUCCCUCCCAGCUGGAACCAGCAUGGGAAGAUAUGAAUUUAUGGUAUCAGGUCCAGAGGCAAACCAAAGUAUUGACAAUAAUGAAGCAGAAAGGUCUCUCGAGCAAAUAUCUGCCUGAAUUAAUUGCCUUUGGAAGAAUCGUACACCCUGGUCAUUGUCGAAGGCCCAGCUCUGGUGGAAAUUGUGACCACCCUUGGUGCGGGACCCCUGUUCUUGUGACCAGUCCAAUUGGUGAAACAGUCGCUGAAAUGGUAGAGUCAGGCCGAUUUGGUUCAGACGAGGCUAUCAAAUGUUGCCAUGAUUGCUUAUCAGCACUCUCAACUGCUACCUCGGCGGGACUACGGCACGGAGACAUCAGGCCAGAGAAUGUGAUCUGUGUUAGGUCUGGUGUGAGGCACCCUUAUUUUGUUCUAAUUGGGUGGGGCCAUGCAAUUCUUGAAGACAGAGACCGUCCUGCCAUGAAUCUUCACUUUUCAUCUACUUACGCACUUCAGGAAGGAAAGCUAUGCUCCGCCUCUGAUGCAGAAAGCCUAGUUUAUAUGCUUUAUUAUUCAUGCGGUGGUGUAUUCCCUGACCUAGAUUCAGUAGAGGGAGCGCUACAAUGGAGAGAGACAUCUUGGUCAAGGAGAUCAAUUCAACAGAAGCUUGGUGAUAUUUCCACAGUGCUGAAAGCUUUUGCGGAUUAUGUCGACAGUCUAUGCGGAACGCCAUAUCCCAUGAACUAUGACAUAUGGCUGAGAAGGUUGACGCGAAAUAUUCCGGAAGAUGAUCAUGGAAAGGAAAUUGUUAGAGCAUGCUAAGAUUUCCAACUGGGUCCAAUUCCUGAAAUGAAAACGCUAUCAUCUUAACAUGUUUAUCAUUGCAAUGGUUCGACUUUUGGGCUGCGGAUAAAAUAUCGAAUAUCGAAGUCAACAGUUUAGUAUCUGAUGCUCAUGCAUUUGUAUUCAUUGAAGGAUUGUUUUGGGGAAUGGUUGGUGCAUUUAAUCAAAGGAGCAUAUCAAAAUAGCCAAUUCCUUCAUUUUGAGGAGCCAAGACAUGAAUUUUAACAGUUUUCUUUCGAUUUCAUUGUUCAUGACGAGUUCCUUGUCAAAGUAAGUUUUAUUCAUUACAGCAUUUGUUUGUAAAGAUAAUAGGCCUUCUUCUAGAAUACCCUGAGAUUCAUGCAGUUGCAUGAUUCAAGACCAUAUAAAUGGUACACACACUGCACAGGGUAUAUAAUCUUAUUCUGUAAAUGCCUUAUUUUUAGUGUGUUCAUUGUAGUAUCUAUUUACUGUUAGAAAUUGACCCGUCUCUAGUUCGUUUCUACUUCCUA